AUGAUACAUCGCAGGGGCGAGCGGGCACCCGUCGUCGCGCGCUUCUUCUCUCCUCGCGCGAUCGGCGCGCGCGUCCGCGCGACGGCGAGCGAUCGCGACGGCGACGGCGACGCCGCCAGGUCGACGACGACGGCGGCGGCGGCGUCUUCGUCGUCGUCUUCGUCGUCCGCGGACGUCGUCGUCGACGCGGACGCGGCGGAGGAGGACGCGAGGCGCGGCGACGCGGACGACGACGACGACGACGACGACGACGACGACGACGCGGGCGGAGGAGGGUUCGAGAACGUCGGCCCCGCGCUGAUCCCGUCCGUCUCCGCCGCGUGCCUCGGCGCGUUCCUCUUCGGAUACCACUCCGCGGUGAUCAACGCGCCUCUGAGCGCGAUCGCGGAGGACCUCGGCUUCGCGGGCGAUAACGUCAUGAAGGGCGCGGUGGUGUCAGUCCUCGUCGCGGGCGGGUUUCUCGGCGGGUUAGGCAUCGGACCGGUGGCGGAUAAAGAAGGCCGGCGCGCGGCGCUCGCCGCGGUCACGGUCCCGCUCGCGGUCGGGACGCUCGUGAGCGGCUUCGCGGACUCGUUCGCGUGGAUGACGUUGGGGAGGUUCAUCACCGGCGUCGGCGUCGGCGCGUCGUCGCAGAUCGUGCCGCUGUACCUCUCGGAGGUUUCCCCGCCGAAGCUGCGGGGGACGGUGAACGGCGUCCGGAGGGUCGCGUACGUGAUCGGGUGCUUGCUCGCGUUUCAGUUCGCGGUGCCGCUGCAGCAGCCGCUGAAUGCGCCGCCGCCCGGGUGGUGGCGCCCUCUGUUUAUCUACGCGUCCGUCCCCGCCGUCUUACUCGCCGGCGCGUCCUUAGGCGGCGUCGCGGUCGAAUCCCCGGUGUGGCUCCUCGGCCCGGAGGGCUGCGCGAUGGCGAGCCGACGUUCGCUCGCGCGAUUGCAAGGCAUCAGAGGGAGAGCCGCGUGCGCGUACCCCGGCGCGGACCCGGAACGGGCGGCGAUCAACUCGUGGUCGCAGCUUCGCGAGCGUCGAAACAGGCAGCCGGUCACCAUCGGCUUGGGCCUGUGCGUGCUCGCCGCGUUUAGCGGCUCGAACACGGUGAUUUACUACGCGUCGUCGGUGCUCGCCGACGCCGGGUUGUCCGAUCCGUCGCUGUUGACGUACGCGGUGGGCAUACCGAACCUCCUCGGCGCGUUCAUCGCGCUGAUCGCGACGGAUAAGUACGGCCGCCGGCCUCUGCUGCUGCUGUCGUUCGGCGGCAUGGCGGCGUGUUUAGGCGCGUUGUCGCUCGCGAGCGCGCUGACGCCAGGGGAGGCGCGGACCGUCGCGCUCGUGACGAUUCCAGCGUACACGCUGCUGUUUUCCCUCGGCGCCGGGCCCGUGCCGUGGUUGCUGUACAACGAGGUGUUCCCGACGCGGAUCCGCGCGCGCGCGACCGCGGUGUGCACCGCGAUCAACUACGGCGCGAACACGAUCGUGGGCGCGUCCUUCUUACCCCUCGUCAGUGGGAUCGGUCUCGGCGGCACGUACGCGCUGUACGCGGUCUUGUGUUUCACCGGAUUCGUCUUCGUGGACAACUUGGUGUUCGAGACGAAGGGGUUGGCGCUGCAAGACAUCGAGGGCGUCAUGGCGGAGCGGGAGAGGCGGUGGGAGGCGGAGGACGCGUUCGAGAACCCGGAGCGACGCGUCCGGGACGGGGACGGGGACGGGGACGGCGGCCUCGGGGAUGGCGGCGCGGG